GCGCAGGCGGACCGGUCGGCAUCGGCGGCGCUCGCAGAGCUGAGCGGCCUCCUCCGGUGCGCGAGCCCGGCGGAAGCCGCGCGAGAUUCCGCGCUGGUGAUCGUGCUGACCGACGCGGAUGGGGUUGAUGAGUUGUUCUUCGGAGAUGAGGGUAUAGUGAAAGGAUUGUGCACGGGUGCUUCCGUAUUGAUUCGGUCAACACUGCUGCCUAGUCAGCUGGAGAAGCUAGAGCAGAAACUUGCAGGUAUCAUAUUUUGUUUGUCGACUCACAUGCAGGACCUCUGUACUAAGACCUCUAGGUUCACUUUAAUUACUUUCUUUGAUAAAGAAGAGUGAAAGGUACAUAAGUUAAAACCGGUUAGUAGAUUACAAAGGGUAUUCUCCCUCUAGAAGGAUCACGCUGUUGGCCUGUUGCCCACGCCGCGGCCUCCUCUUUGUUUUUCACAAUGAGAGAUGUGGAUGAAGAUCGCAGUGCUUGGACGCUCUUGAGUUCCCUUCUUUCCAAAUUUACCAUGUGAUCAGCAAGGUGAGGCUUUGCAUUGCUCUGUGGGGGACAGAGGGUGAGUUGGUUAUGUUGGUCCACCAAUUUUGUGUGUUGGUGCCCUGUGCCACUCUUCUAGGUGCUGGCCCAUAAAUUCGGCUGUGCUAACCAUGUCGUGGUAAGUUCCAAAUCCUUCUUGUGAAUCUGCACUCUGCCAACAGGUGAUAAGCCGUUUCCAUAGUUUGGUGGCUUAGCGGGAUGGGCUGUGUCCACACAUGCUGGGCUAGUCUGUCCGUGGACUGGACAUGGUUUUGGGUGAUGAUCCAAGCAGAGAACUUGCAUUUUGGGGGCGCCCAUGAUUUUGAAAGAGUAUAUAUCUGGGGCGCUUUUGUCCAGCAACGAAUACGCUUAUAGGCCAAGGCGGCCAUGUAGACUCCUGUGGCAGUUAGUUUCCAAUAUAUUUGGUCUUCUCUAUCCAUUUGUAGCUCCACAUUGUGAAGCAGGUUCGAAAGGGUUGCGAAUUCACUUAAAUGAGUGUUUUGAAGGGAGCACAUUUGAAACUUGCUGCUGUGUCCACAGGCUGCAUGUGAAAAGAAGGACGCCCUUCUUCUUGAUGGAUACAUUUUCAGUGGUCUUUCUGACGAAUUGAAACAACAGAUUGUUGUUGUAGCAUCUGGGAGACAGGAUGUAGCAGAAAGAGCUAGACAGUUUUUCAAUGGUCUAGACAAAACCAUUUACUUUGCUGAAGGUGAAUUUUGCACUAGCAGCAAAAUUAAGCUAGUAAAUGAUUUGCUGGAGAGCAUUCAUUUUAUUGCAUCUGUUGAAGCAAUGUAUCUUGGUGUUCGUGCUGGGAUUCAUCCAUCAAUUAUCUAUGACAUAAUAUCAAAUGCUGCUGGAAGCUCAAGGAUAUUUGUGGAGUUAGUUCCGAAACUUCUGAGUGAGGAUCCUUUGCUUAUUGACUUCCUAAACUCAUCAAAGAAAAAUGCGAGCUAUGUGAUGGAUAUGGCUAAAGCAGUAAUAUUUCCACUGCCACUUCUGGGUGUUGCCUACCAACAGUUGAUACAUGGUUCUUCAGAAGUAACUGGAGAUGUAUCUGCCUCACCACUGAUGGUUUGGGAAGCAUCAUUUGGAGUAAACAUCGUAGAUGCUGCCAGUCAACAAAUCUAUGAUGCAAGCAAAUUAGCUGACCAGCUUGUUAUGGAAUCUAAAUCAGCAAAGCGGAUUGGCUUCAUUGGUCUUGGAGCUAUGGGUUUUGGAAUGGCAUCUCAUUUGCUGAGAUCAGGGUUCUAUGUUGUUGCUUAUGAUGUCUACAAGCCAACAAUGGUCAGGUUUGAUGAUUUAGGUGGAUCAACAAAAGGUUCUCCUGAGGAACUAGCAAAAGAUGUGGAAAUACUUAUUAUCAUGGUUGCAAAUGAGUUUCAAGCUGAUAGUGUUCUUUAUGGAAGUGCUGGUGCAGUACCGGUCCUGUCAGCUGGAACAUCUGUCAUUCUGUCUUCUACAGUUUCUCCAGGAUUUGUGAUCCGCCUCAACAAAAGAUUAGAAGCUGAAUGCCGAGAUAUAAAGUUGGUUGAUGCUCCGGUAUCUGGUGGUGUCAAAAGGGCAGCAGAUGGGACUCUAACUAUAAUGGCAUCAGGGACAGAUGAAGCUCUUCAUUGUGCAGGUGCUGUUCUAUCAGCACUGAGUGAGAAAUUGUAUAUCAUCAAAGGAGGAUGUGGAGCUGCAAGUUCUGUUAAGAUGGUCAACCAACUUCUUGCUGGGGUUCAUAUAGCCUCAGCAGCUGAAGCCAUGGCAUUUGCUGCUCGACUAAAUCUGAGAACAAGACGUCUUUUUGAAAUUUUGCAACAUGCAAGAGGUUAUUCAUGGAUGUUUGGAAAUCGUGUGCCACACAUGCUCGAUAAUGAUUAUACACCUUAUUCUGCAGUGGAUAUAUUUGUCAAGGAUCUUGGUAUAGUAUCUUCUGAAAGUUCCAAUUCGAAGAUCCCAGUGCAUGUCUCUACUAUUGCUCAUCAGCUAUUUAUAUCAGGAUCUGCUUCUGGGUGGGGUCGAUACGAUGAUGCUGCUGUUGUCAAGGUCUAUGAGACAUUAACUGGUGUUAAAGUAGAAGGGAAGCCUCCCCUGCUUAGUAAAGAAGAUGUCCUUCAUUCUCUUCCUGCUGAAUGGCCAGAAGAUCCAAUGGACGACCUUGUUUCUGUUGCAUCUCGUAAUAGCAAAAAGAUUCUUGUAGUUUUAGAUGAUGAUCCAACUGGAACUCAAACAGUACAUGAUAUAGAAGUUUUAACUGAAUGGCCUGUUGAAGCCCUUGUCGAACAAUUUCUCAAGCUACCAACUUGCUUUUUCAUUUUGACAAACUCUCGUUCAAUGACUGCUGAUAAGGCUAUGUUGCUAGUACAAACUAUCUGCAGAAAUCUCGAAGCUGCAGCAAAGAAUGUCCCUGGUGUUAGUUAUACAGUGGUCUUGAGAGGUGAUUCAACUCUACGUGGGCAUUUCCCAGAGGAAGCUGAUGCAGCUGUCUCAGUAUUAGGCGAGAUGGAUGCUUGGAUAAUCUGUCCAUUUUUCCUUCAAGGUGGACGAUACACUAUUAAUGACAUCCACUAUGUUGCAGACUCUGACAGAUUAAUACCUGCUGGUGAAACUGAGUUUGCCAAGGAUGCAGCUUUUGGCUAUAAAUCCUCCAAUCUCAGACAGUGGGUUGAAGAGAAGACUAGAGGACGAGUUUCUGAGAAACAAGUUUCAACAAUUUCCAUAAAUCUCUUGCGUAAACAAGGACCAAAUGCAGUCUGUCAGCAUCUCUGUAGCUUGGAGAAGGGCUCUGUGUGCAUCGUCAAUGCUGCUAGUGAGAAGGACAUGGCCGUCUUUGCUUCUGGAAUGAUCCAGGCUGAAUUGAAAGGAAAGAAGUUUCUAUGCCGCACAGCUGCAAGUUUUGUAAGUGCAAGGAUUGGGAUCAAGCCAAAGCCACCUAUCUGUCCAAAUGACCUGGGCUUAAAAAGAGCUUUAACUGGAGGCCUCAUAGUUGUUGGUUCCUAUGUGCCAAAAACAACAAAGCAGGUUGAUGAGUUGCGGUCACAGUGCGGGCAAUCCCUUCGAGUAAUAGAGGUGUCUGUUGAGAUGGUUUCAAUGAAAUCAACAGAGGACAGAGACCAAGAAAUUAGCCGAGUCGUUGAACUUGGAAAUGCUUACAUACAAAGCAGAAAAGACAGUCUAGUUGUCACCAGCCGCCAGCUCAUUACUGGAAGAACUCCUGAAGAAAGCUUAGAAAUUAAUUAUAAAGUGAGUUCAGCACUAGUGGAGAUUGUGAGAAGGAUUGAUAGUAAACCUCGUUACAUCAUUGCAAAGGGAGGAAUCACUUCGUCUGAUAUUGCUACAAAAGCUUUGGAAGCUCGGCGUGCCAAAGUAAUGGGACAAGCAUUAGCUGGUGUACCAUUGUGGCAGCUUGGUCCUGAGAGUAGAUUCCCCGGUGUACCUUACAUUGUAUUUCCUGGUAAUGUUGGCGAUAAUAGUGCUCUUGCUAAAGUGGUACGAAAUUGGGCUUCCCCAUCUAGAAUUUCUACAAAGCAACUUCUUCUGAAUGCUGAGAAGGGCGGUUAUGCCAUUGGCGCUUUCAAUGUGUAUAAUCUUGAAGGAGUUGAAGCUGUCGUUGCAGCAGCAGAGGCUGAAAAUAGCCCUGCUAUCCUGCAGAUUCAUCCUAGUGCUCUGAAGCAAGGUGGAGUCCCAUUGGUAGUGUCCUGCAUUGCUGCUGCAGAACAAUCCAGUGUGCCUAUCACUGUUCAUUAUGAUCAUGGUACUUCCAAGUCAGACUUGCUUCAAGCUCUUGAGAUGGGGUUUGAUUCGGUCAUGGUGGAUGGUUCCCAUCUAACAUUAGGGGAGAACAUCUUGUACACAAAGAUCGUAUCUUCUUUGGCUCAUGCAAAAGGUUUACUUGUGGAAGCUGAAUUGGGUAGACUCUCAGGCUCUGAAGAUGGCUUGACAGUUGAAGAAUACGAAGCAAGAUUUACUGAUGUUGCUCAGGCUGAGGGAUUUAUUGAUGAGACAAGUAUUGAUGCUCUAGCAGUUUGCAUUGGAAAUGUUCAUGGAAAAUAUCCACCUAGUGGACCAAACCUCAAACUUGACUUGCUAAAGGACCUUCGUGCGUUAACCCUAAAGAAAGGAGUUAGCUUGGUUCUACAUGGAGCAUCUGGUCUGCCUCAUGAGCUUGUACAGGAAUGCAUAGACUUGGGCGUCAGGAAAUUCAAUGUGAACACUGAGGUCCGAAACAGCUACCUGGAAUCCCUUAAAAAGUCAGGAAAGGACCUCAUCCAAGUGAUGUCAUCUGCAAAAGAAGCAAUGAAAGCUGUCGUCGCAGAGAAAUUACAUCUCUUUGGAUCAGCUGGGAAAGCCUGAACGUAGCAGACCCCACACGAAUAAUGGGUGCCGGCAGCACACAGCCUUGUGGGCAUGACAGUUUCCUCGGUUUGUUGAUCCUGUUGUUCAGCCGCAGUCUUCUAGCGAGUUGCAGUUGGAGCCUAUGUAAUCUGAACUUCUGAAUUUGGGACAUUUGCUCAAGUGUUUCAGGGGAAAUUCUGUCAUUUUUUCAUACCGCCUGCUUCAUUGCAAGUUUGCAACAUGAUGCAGAUGGCGCGAUCAAAGCGGUAGUAAGUGUUUUGUAACAUUGCUGUAAAUGGUCCAUUAUUAAUGGGAACAUAUCAGGUGCAAACUAACCUCACCGUGCAAACUAUGCAAACUUCAA